CCGGUUACGAGCCCGUAACGGAGCCGCGUUUUUUGCUGCCUUGUCGGUGUGGAGCUGCAGGUGAAACACUUAUCGGUAGGGGAACGUGGACUGACGUAACACCCUAUGUGGAGCAGGAUGUCAUGUGUUUAUGGAGAGGAGUUUCUCCCCGUAAUGUAGAGAAAGGCGCUUAUGUUUAGGUUUGACGUUGUGGCAGUCUCGGAGCUCCGCACAGGUCUUAACGCAGGAAAAUGUUUUUGUUGGCCAUCUUUUUUUAACAGGCGCCACGCGGAUUGUGUAAACAUUUACCGCUCAGUUAAAGUAAUCACCGCUUAUACUGAUUAAUUGUAACUGCCAUUUUUUUAAUUUAAUGUAUAGUUUGCUGGUAUACAGCGUUAUUUAGUAUGUCAGUGUAAUUCAGCUUCUACUCAACACUAAUGGACGCUGUUAAAUGAACUUUUUGUGGUAUGUUUUCAAAGUACACGCUGCAUCUGAGGCUCUUCGGCUCCUAGUUCUGUCUAAAUCCCGCUGUCAGUGUGUCAUCGGGUUUUUGAUGGACAAUGCAGUCUCUUAGGGUGCUGUCGGUAGAUACCUCAGAUCGGGGUUCUCAGAGGUGCAGGCUGGGCCCGGGUUUGAUGUCGGCGCUGGGUCUGAGACUUGGCUCCCCUCUGCUGGUGUCUCUUCCCGGGGGAAGCUGUCUAUGCACCGCCUGGCCUCGUCCCGACCUGGCGGAGGGCUUCCUGCAGAUGGACCUGAAAUGUUUCACUCCCAGUCUAAUCUCUGGGCUCCCCGCACACCUGAGCUUGGACCCGGUUCAGCUCAGUUCCGUACGCUGCUCGAAACUAAAGGGUGUUAAAGUCACUGUGGUGGUCCAGAGUCUUGAUUUUAAAAAACACACAUCUUCUGGGCAUGUUCACGAACUUGUGAAGGACAUGCUGAGGGGUGUUUAUGUCCACACGGGGUAUGUAAUAAACGUGGAGGAUUUUAAUACAGACAUAAGAUACGUUGCUAUAGACAGACUCCGUCCAGAUUCUACCAGUGCUGGACUCAUCACAUCUAAAACUGGGUUGGAGAUAGCUGAGAUCCAGACAGUCCUGCAUUACAGAAGUCUGCUGCAGGACCAGCACACACCACCCCUGGGAGGACUGGAGGAGGUGAUUGCAUCCCUGCAAGAGAUGCUGCAGCUGCCCCUCCUUUAUCCAAACACCCUGACCUCACUGGGAGUGUCCUGUCCCAGAGGUGUGCUCCUGGUGGGACCUCCCGGUGUUGGGAAGACAUUGUUGGUUCGCAGGGUGGUCAUGGACGUGGGAGCUAGUCUGGUGGUGGUCAGAGGGCCUGAGGUUGUAGGGUCACGGCCGGGAGAGAGCGAGGAGACACUGCGGGGUGUAUUCGAGCAUGCCCGGGCUACGGCAGAAGAGGGUCCCUGCGUGUUAUUUUUGGAUGAGCUGGACUCUCUGUUUCCAAGGAGAACCGGCUCAUCUGCACCGGAGAACCGGCUGGUGGCUCAGCUUCUCACGUUGAUGGACGGUAUGAGUCGAUCCGACCGCUUCCUCAUCGUAGGAGCCACCAACAGGCCUGACAGCUUAGACCCGGCGCUGCGUAGGCCCGGGAGGUUUGACAGAGAGAUGGUCAUUGGUGCUCCGACACUGCUGCAGAGAAAGGCCAUCCUGUCUGUUCUGUGUGAGAGAAUGCCCGUGUCCCCCACUGUCAACAUGGCAGAGCUUGCACAGAUAACUACAGGAUAUGUUGGAGCAGACCUGAGUGCCCUAUGCAGGGAGGCUGCCAUGCACGCUUUGAGGGAGAAUGUAAAGGGUUCAGGGCAGCAGGUGGUGGAUAUGAAGCACUUCCAGGAGGCCCUGAAGCUGGUGGGGCCCUCCUGCCUGAGAGGCAGCCUGGGCAGGACGGAGCUCUCCCCAGUGCUUUGGGAGCACAUCGGAGGCCUGGAGGAAGUCAAAACCAAACUAAUACAGAGCAUUGAGUGGCCUAUGAGAUACCCUGAGGCGUUUGUCCGCCUGGGGGUGCGUCGGCCCCGUGGCGUGCUCCUAUACGGACCUCCAGGAUGUGCAAAGACGACGCUUGUCAAAGCUGCUGCCACCUCGUCCCACUGUGCCUUCCUUUCAGUCAGCGGGGCUGACCUGUGCUCUCCUUACGUGGGAGACUCUGAGAAAGCUUUAGCUCAGCUGUUUCGGCAGGCCCGCGCCUGUGCCCCUUGCAUUCUGUUUCUCGACGAGAUAGACUCGCUGAUCGGCUCGCGGUCAAGCGUUGAGGCCCCUAACAGCGUACAGACCCGGCUGCUGUCUGUGCUCCUGAAUGAGAUGGACGGGAUCGGGCUGAAAACUGUGGAGAGGAGAGGAGCAGAAAGGAUCCUCCAGGCAGUGGGGGGAGUGGAGCAGAGUCAUGUAGAGGAGGAGGUCACAUGUUACCGAGAUCACACAGCCUCUGAUCAGCACAGCCUGACUUGUGUAAUAACUUUUUCUUUUUUUUUAUCCUUCUUACAGCUGGGCCGUCAGGAGGUUUGCAACAAAGAUGUGAUGGUUGUAGCUGCCACAAACAGACCCAACAGUAUAGACAGCGCCCUCCUCAGGCCCGGCAGGUUGGACCACAUCAUUUAUGUCCCACCACCUGAUCUGCAGGCUCGACUCGCCAUCCUAAAAGUUUGCUCUAAGUCUAUGCCUGUGGGUUCACACGUGUGUCUGGAAGAGCUGGCUGCAAGGACCAAGCUUUACUCUGGAGCUGACCUGGAGAACCUGUGCAAGGAGGCUGCUCUGUUGGCGCUGCUGGAGGAGAACAUGGAAGCUUCUUCCAUCCAGCAAACACAUUUCCUGCGCUCCAUCAGCAAAAUGAGUCCUUCUCUCACUGCUCAGCAGAUUAGUGCAUAUUUAAUACCGCCCCAAUGAUUUUAUCCUCUUCAUCUUUACCCAGAUAUCAGUUUUAAAAUAAAUGUUGUGAAAUAUAA